AUGUAAUCAAAUGAUCCUAAAACUAACUAUUAUGGAAUAUCUGACUUAAAAUAGCAGCUUAUUUUAGAGUGCACUCAAAAUGUCAUUGAAACAAGCUUUCUUGAACCCUAUUUUACUAUUUAUUAUAGUUAUUACUAUUCUGGAUUAUAUUAUGACGUCCGCUAAUGUAAUUCUCUAUUAUUAUUUAUAAAGUAAUUAUAAUUCUUUAUUAUUUUGAUCUUGCUACUUGCUAAAUUGCUGUAUAGAGUUAAAGAUAAGAAUUAGAAUUCAAAUUUGAUAGAAAAAAACUAUCUGUAUUUGAUUUUGCAUAAACCUAGUUUAACUUAUAUUAGAAUUCAAUGUUUUCAGAAAAUACUAAGGUUAGAUCGAGAAAAUAUUUAAUCAAACUAAUUGCUGCAUGAUUGA